UCGAACUUACAAAAUGGAAAAAGUGCCGACAAAGAUGCAGCUUAUAUAAAUGGACUUGAAGGCUUUGAAGUUUGGCAAGGAGUAGAAUCACUCAUACAUGGUUUUAAUCACUAUUAAUUGUUGAUUGCGAAUUACUAGGUCGCUUAUGGAGGGCUCUUUAGGUCUGCGGAAAGGUGCUUGGACUAGUGAAGAGGACCAUCUGCUAAGAAAGUGCGUAGAAAAGUAUGGAGAGGGGAAGUGGCAUCAGGUUCCUUUUCGAGCAGGCUUGAACCGUUGCCGGAAAAGCUGUAGACUGAGGUGGUUGAACUAUCUGAAGCCAGAUAUCAAAAGAGGGAAAUUCACGGCUGAUGAGGUUGAUCUCAUGAUGAGGCUCCACAAGCUGUUAGGCAACAGAUGGGCAUUGAUCGCAGGUAGACUUCCAGGAAGAACAUCAAACGAUGUGAAGAAUUAUUGGAACACCCAUCUGCGCAAGAAGAUGGUGAAAGAUGAAGUUGAGGAGACUGUGAAAAUCAAUGUUAUAAGGCCUCGUCCUCGGACCUUCACUAAGAACCUAUACUGGUUAGAAAGAAAAGAACUUCUAGAGAAUGAUCAAUCAGAACUUCAUAUUCCUCGCAAACCCUUUUCCACGACCCCUCCAUUAGAGGAUGGACUGAACUCAUGGUGGGAAAGCUUAUUUUCUGACAAGGAAGAGAAUAAAGAAAUCACGUGUUCCAUAGAGAGGUCAGCAAAUGAGUCCAUUUCUUGCCUCUGGGAUGAACAAAUUGCAGCAAUGCCAGAAGUAGGGAAGACUUCUAUUACAAAUGGCCAAAUUGAAUGGACCGAUUGCUCUUUUGAUAUGGACCACCUCUGGGAUCUCAUAAAUGCAUGAUACACGGAAAUCAUAAUAUGAUUAAGUGGUUUUUCUUUCUUCAUCUUUGUAAGGUAAGAAAUGGCUGUAUAUCCACUUCUAAAUUGUAAGAAAAAUAAAUAAAAAUAGCUGAAUAUGAAUGUAUAAUUAA